AUGGGUGGCUGUAUGUUGUAUCGAGUCGCCAGACGAAGCCCGCAUGGGAAACAUGGCGUCCUUUCAACAAGCUCGUGGCGGCUCCAACGACGGUUCCCACUAGCCCCGCUUGAUCCAUCCAACUGGCAACCGCAAGGCCAGGAUAGGCUGAAGGAGACAUCUGCAAAAAGAAAACUUACAUCGGAAGCCACUACAUCAAAAUACAAACUUUGCAUGUCACUCCUUGCCCAGCCCAUUUCCUGGAAUCAUAAUAAUGCGGCAAAAAUAUCCACUCUGGCAAUGUCCCAGACUGAGCCCCCAUGGGAUCCCAGUUUGGAACCAGCCAACUCACUUUUUAUGCAGCUGAGCACCCCUAGAGUUCGAUUUGAUCAUCGACGAUCAUUAAGAAGUGUGAAGGAAAUGCUCAUCGAUUAUUGCAUUGAUUGUGUUUUCUCUGUGUCCCUGACUGAGGGCUGA